GCUAUUGGGUCCUACAUUUGUAUACAAGGCCUACCCUCAGGUGAAGAAGUCACACAACCUCCAGAUUUUUGCUUGAGCAUCAUCCCCUCGAUUUACUGGACUGGAUUUAUCUAAUUGAAAAUGCCAGCAGCCAGGAAAGAUCCUCGGUACAGUGUGCAGGAUAUCAUUGCAAUCAUCCAAGAUGGAGAGAGUGAUGUGGACGUACCCCUUGAUGACACUGAUGCAAGUGAUGAGGAGUCAGACAAUGAUCCCUGUGUGGACAAAGAAAACCAAGAGCCGUCUGACUGCCCAGCCAAUGUGGACAUUGAGCCCCAAGAAAAUGAACGCAUCAUGCCCCGUGACAGAUAUCGCUGGCAAAAAAAGGAUUUUAUCAGUCCCAAUACUGAUUUUUCUGGUCCACCUGUCACAGACGAUGUAACCUUCCUCCACACACCACUCCAAUACUUCCAAAAGUUUGUGUCAGAGGACAUGAUUCAAGCUCUGGCUACAAGUACAAAUGAGUACAGCAUUCAAAAUGAUGGAAGAUAUGUUAACACUAAUACAAAGGAAAUACAGAAAAUGUUGGGCAUGUACCUGAGGAUGGGCUUGGUACAAAUGUCUGGAAGCCGUAUGUACUGGGAGACAGAUACACGGCACCCCCCUAUUGCUGAUGUGAUGCCACGCAACAGAUUCCAAUCUCUGUUGACAAAAUUACAUUUUGUCAACAAUUUGACAGUGUCAGAGAUUGAAAAGAGGGACAAACUCUGGAAACUCAGACCAUGGCUUGAAUCAUUCAGGGAGAAAUGCCUGCAGGUGGUACCAGAAGAGCACAAUUCUGUGGAUGAAAUGAUGAUUCCUUUCAAGGGGAAGUUCAGCAGCAUCAAGCAGUAUAUGCGAGGCAAGCCACAUCCAUGGGGGUUCAAAGUAUGGGUGAGAGCUGGAAUCUCUGGCAUGAUGCUUGACUUCGAUGUUUACCAGGGCAGCAAGAAUGGAAAACGCGUCAAAUCUGAACUUGGAUUGUCAGGUGAUGUUGUAUUGAAGCUUGCCUCCACACUUCCUAAGGGUCAGAACUACAAGAUCUAUGCAGACAACUACUUCACCUCUGUUCCACUGGUAGUGAAGCUCCUUGAGCAUGGAAUUCAUUAUGUGGGUACAGCCAGGCAGGUGCGGCUCCCUAACUGCAACCUUGAAGAUGAGAAGAGCUUGAAGAAGAAGGGUAGAGGAAGCUUUGACCACAGAGUGGAGGGGACACACAACAUCUGCGCUGUGAAAUGGUAUGACAACAGGGCAGUCACACUUGUGUCAUCCUUCACUGGACCAGAACCUGUGCAGGAGAUUCAGCGCUGGGACAAAGCCACCAAAACCUACAUUGACGUUGAAAGAUCUUACAUUGUGGCUACCUACAACAAAUACAUGGGAGGUGUGGAUUUGUUGGACUCAUUUACAGCAAAAUACAAGAUCACCCUGAAAUCCCGCCGAUGGUACAUGUACAUCUUCUGGCACACCAUCACCCUCGCCGUGGUCAACGCCUGGCUCCUCUACAAACGGCACUGUCAGGCUCUCGCAAUGCCAAAGAAGGAGAUGCUAAACAUGAGAAAGUUCCAGGCACAGCUAGCAUCCUCUCUCAUCCUGAUGGACAUUUCCCCAUGA